UGUCCGAAAAGAAAAGCCGGACAGAGGAUCAAAAAAAUUCACAGGACACUAACCAUACAUGUCUAUUGGAAUAAGCAUGCGUCAAUGCUGGCUGCGACAUCCCAUUCUGCCGAAAUCCCCAAACUGAAGCAGAGUCUUGAGCGGGCCGAGGAAGAGCUCGGCCGUGUGAAAAAACAACUAGAGCACAAGCAAGGAGCUGCGAUCGAGGUGGAGACCCUCAAGAACGCGCUGGCCGACGCCUGGAAGAGGGCUGCAAAGGAACAAGCUGCCUGCAAAAAACACGAGGCAAGGGUUGGGGAGGUCCAGCAGGAGCUCCAGGACGCCGUAAAGAAAUGCGAGUCCUUGGAGCACAAGAUUACGGACCAAGAGUCCGAACUUGCUAAGGCCCACCAAAGCGCACAAGAGGCCCGGGUUGAAGCCCAGGGAGCCCUGGGCGCCCUCUAG